AUGAGUAGGGUCUGGCCUCAAAACAGCUGCACUGUAAAUGCAAGUCCGAGUUAUACGGUUUAUGGAACACGAUGGAUCGUGCUAGCAGUCUGCUUCCUGGUUACUCUGAGUAAUUCUACGAUGUGGCUUGGACUUUCAGCAGUUGGGAAGGAAGCUGAUGUCUUCUAUUGCGGGCCAAAGAAGAACUGCCAAGCAGCUUUCAUCACUAAUCAAAUAUUCCAGCUGGUGGCAAUUUUCGCAGGAGUUCCUGGAAUGUACCUCACUGAUAAAAUGGGGAUUCGCCCAGCACUAUUCAUGGCAGUCUUGUUCAAUUUGGUUGGAGCUAUAAUUCGAACAUGUUCGUCUUUGCCUUCAAUACAAAACUUUCUUGUGCGGCAAUCUCUCCUAUACACAGGCUCCAUUAUUGUAGCCAUAUCACAGUCCUUCUUCCUAGUAUUACCUACAAAAAUAGCUGAAGGUUGGUUCAGCGAGAAGCAGAGAUCGAUAGCCAACGUCUUGCUCUUCAUAUCAAAUCCUAUAGGAGCCGCCAUUGGGAUGAGCUUGCCUGUAAUGUACUUUGCUGGAACUACAUGGAAAACAGCUCGCCAAAUUACUACUACUAGCAACUUUCUAAACUUCAACAUAGCUAUAGCUUUAACAGCUUUGUUGUCACUGCUAGGAAUGAUCUUAGUCCCAACAAGCUUGCCUCCGACACCUGCAAGCCAAGCACAUGAAGUUAGAUCGAAGAAAGAAGUCGGCUUCCAAGAAUCACUUCGGAUCUGUUUGAAGGACAAGGAGUUCAUCAAACUGCUAUUUUCUGGCGGAGCUACAUACUCUAUCUUUUGGGGCUUUCUCAUCAUCAUACCAUCGCUGAUACCAUCGAAAAGCUCUCUCUCAGCUGGCGCCGUUUCUGCAGUGAUGCUCAUGUUAGGAACAGUCUCAGCAUUAUGUCUCGGAGAUGUAAUGGAUAAAACAAAAAAAUUUCUAGGAAUUUUUCAAUGCCUUGUUCUGAGCGGAGCCGUUGUGCUAGUUAUGACCCACUUCUUCCUAGUUUUCACAGGAUGGAAGUCAGUUGUUUCUAACAUCUUGGCUACUCUACUGUUUUCGUCCUUUAGUUGUUGUACCAUACCAUUACUUCCUAUCACAUUCGAACUGGGAGUAGAAAUAACAUUUCCUGCUCAAGAAGCCACUGUGACAGGCCUUAUGGUCAUUGCAGGAAACUUAAUCUUAUUACUGGUCUAUGCGGCAGUGGAAUUAUUAAACAGCUCAAAUAUAUAUUCUCCGACGGGUCUAGCUUCAAUCGAUUUCCUUCUAGUCUUAAUCCUGCUCACGAACAUCUUAGUUUUUGUAUUCAUGAAACCAGAAUACAAACGUCUGAAGGCUGAAUCUCAACCCAGAACACUCUUCGAACAACGUUACUAA